AGGGAGGUUACUGCGCAGAGAGCGAGCGACCGAGGAAGCGCGCCAGCCUGAGCAGGCCCGGUCCAGGGAGCCUAUCGGGCGAAAGGCUCUCGCUCGUCUCCUUCCUUCACCGCUGCAGGGAAGAAAGAGAGAGGGAGAUGCCCUUGCUCUGAGUGAGGAUCCUGCGGCGCAGCGGAGGCGGUGACACCCGCUUCAGCGGCAGCAAACCAUGCGAGACCUAACAGCUCACGUAACCAGCAGCCUGUUGCAGUUUCCAGAAGUGACUACACAAGCUCUUGGAGAAGACGAGAUAACACUAGACUCUGUACUUAAUGGGACAUUCACUGGAGGGCGAAGUGGGCUGGCUUGCCUGUCAUGUGGGCCUCAACUCGAAGUAGUAAACCCAAUCACAGGCGAGCGACUAUCUGCAUAUCGCUUCAAUGGAGUAAAUGAACAGCCACCCACUAUCCUUGCAGUGAAAGAGUUUUCCUGGCAGAAAAGGACUGGCCUGCUAAUUGGCCUGGAAGAAACAGAAGGCAGUGUUCUGUGUUUGUAUGACCUUGGAAUAUCAAGAGUGGUUAAAGCCGUUGUUCUUCCUGGCAGGGUUACUGCCAUAGAACCCAUAAUUAACCAUGGAGGAGCUAGUUUGACAACCCAGCACUUGCACCAAAGUCUCAGGUGGUUGUUUGGUGUGGCAGCUGUGGUUACAGAUGUUGGACAUGUCCUUCUGAUUGAUCUUUGUCUAGAUGACCAGUCAUGUAGCCAGAAUGAAGUAGAGGCAUCUGACCUAGAAGUUAUCACGGGAAUCCCUCCGGAAAUACCACAAAUAAGAGAAGCAAUCACCAGGAAAGGUCGGCAUCUCUGUUUCCAGCUACUGAGCCCAUCUGGAGCUGCUGUGAAAACUCUCUCAUACAUACACAGGAUUAACCAGUUGGUUGUGGGGUUUUCUGAUGGUUACCUCUCACUGUGGAACAUGAAAACCUUGAAGAAAGAAUACCAUUCGCAGUUAGAAGGAGGUAGGAUUCCUGUCUAUGCUGUUACAUUUCAGGAACCUGAAAAUGAUCCCCGCAACUGUUGUUACUUGUGGGCUAGUCAGUCAACACAAGAAAGCGAAGGGGAUGUCGUCAGCUUACAUUUGCUGCAGUUGGCCUUCAGUGACAGAAGACGUUUGGCAUCUGGGCAAAUAAUGUAUGAGGGUUUGGAGUAUUGUGAAGAAAGGUAUAGUCUUGACCUUACUGGGGGUGUUUUCUCUUUAAGAGGACAGACAAGCAACACCAAAUUAAUCGGCUGUCAGACUAUAGAAAAAUUUCGAAGCCAUGUUGACAGAGAAGAUGGCAUUAAUGAAGUCAUAUCACCUGACACAAGUGUCUCAGUCUUCACCUGGCAAGUGAACACAUAUGGUCAAGGCAAACCAUCUGCCUAUCUAGGUAUAUUUGACAUAAAUCGCUGGUACCAUGCCCAGAUGCCAGACUCAUUAAGACCAGGGGAAUUUCUACAUAAUUGCCCCUAUUUUGCAUUGUGGUCCUUGGAUGCUGUGGUCAGCAUGACCAAUCCACAUCGCAUUUUGGAUGUCCUGGUACAUGAACGAAGCUUAAGUCGUGGUGCACCUCCAUCAUACCCUCCUCCUGAACAGUUUUUUAACCCAAGCACCUAUAACUUUGAUGCGACUUGUUUGUUGAACUGUGGAAUUGUUCAUGUAACAUGCACAGGGUUCCAAAAGGAUACUUUGCAUUUCUUAAAACAAUCUGGUGGCUCUUUAAAUGAAGCCAUUCCUGAUAGUUACAACAGAUGUCUUAUAGCUGGCUUGCUUUCUCCAAGAUUUGUUGACGUACAGCCUUCAAGUCUAAGUCAGGAAGAACAGUUGGAAGCUGUAUUAUCAGCGGCUGUUCAAACUAGCUCUUUGGGGCUUCUCACAAACUGCAUCAAACAGUGGACCACUGAAGAACAACCAAAUUCUGCCCCCAACUUGCGCUUUGUACUUGAAUGGACAUGGAAUAAAGUGAUUACCACAAAACAAGAGUUUGUUCGACUAUGUGUCCCACUGUUUGACAGAUCAUCCAACUUUAUUGAUCCACAAACACUACAGUCUCUGCAGCGCUGUGAGUUGCUUCUUAGCAACCUUAACACAGUUUUGAACUGCUUUGUAACAGAGGCACAAGAACUCACAGAAAAAGGCAUUACAGAUUUAACAAAUAAACAGACUGUAACAGGUCUACUUUUGCAAUACGUGCAAGUUGUCAUCUGGUUCUGUCGAUCCAGUCUUCUUCCUGAAGGCAUAGAUGAAGAUAUGCAGUUGUCAAAACCUUUCUAUAACUACGAGAACAUACAGCGCUUUUAUGUCAGCAGUCGUCAGAAAUUAGAACGUUCAUCAAGAGGCAAAUGGAACUCGGACUGCUUGAUGAUUGAUGGAAUGAUCUCCCAGUUGGGUGAUACUGUUGUGAAACUAUGGCAAAGAGAUGGUGGGGGGACAGAGAAAUAUCCACCUCCUACAUUACAUGCACUCCUUGAUCUCUACUUGUUGGAAAAUAUAGAAGAACUCUACAAGCAUGCAAUUACAAUUUAUUUGCUUUUGGACAUCAUGCAUACCUGUCCAAACAAGACUGAUACUACAAUGGACUCUUUCCCAACGGCCUUUGCAAUCCCUAUUGGUCUGGUUAAUCUAAUUCAAGGUUAUUGGUGCUUGGAUCACAGUGACUACGAGAACUCUUUGUCCUAUCUGUUUCAUCCAGCUACAAUCAAAUUGCCUUGGCAACACAUGAGGAUAAUUCAAGUCUUCAUGUGCCAAGGAGAGCACAGGCGAGCACUCAGAUACAUACAAAUGAUGAAGCCAUCGAUGACCAGCAGCAGUGAAGUUGCACUUCAUCUUACUGUCCUACUAUUUAAUAGUUGCAUGGUGGAAGCAUGGAGUGUAUUGCGGCAACAUUCUACCAGAUUAAAUGUAGAAGGGAUGCUUAAACAUGUAUAUGAAAUCUGCCAAGAGUUGGGACUAAUGGAAGACUUGCUGAAACUGCCAUUCACAGUUACAGAACAAGAGUGUCUAGAGAAGUUCUUGCAGACAAGUGCUGAUGUUCAUAAUCAUGAGUUCCUUUUAGUUCACCACCUCCAACGUGCCAACUAUGUUCCUGCACUACAGUUAAACCAGUCUUUGAAGAUGAAUCUUCUGAAUGACCGAGAUCCUCGUUGGAGAGAGAGAUCAGUUGCCAGAAAUUCUAUAUUAGAACAGUAUGGAAAAGUCUUACCUAGAGUACAAAGGAAGCUGGCUGUUGAGCGGGCCAAACCAUACCAUUUGUCUUCAUCACUUCGGCUGGAAGUUUUAAGACCAAGGCCAUUAUCAACAAUUGCAAAGCAUGUUACCACAGGGAAUGUAGUUACAAAGGCAACUUUCAUCAGUAAUGUGCUUUCCAAAAUUGGAGAGGUAUGGAUGGGAGCCGAACAGAAAAAUAAAUCAUUUCAAAAUGAUAUCACUGAGGAACAGACAUCAGGACUGGAUUGUUGUGCUGACACGGAAUUACCUGAUCCAUUUGUAGGAACUCCUGUUAUUAAAUCUCUAAGGAAAUGCUCCAGAUUGCUCGAUUUGGUGGUUCGGCCUGUUGGUCUUUUUUCUCCUGUCCUGGGAAGUAAUUGCCAGGUGUCGCCAAGAGCUUCAUCCAUGCUUUCUAGUCCAUUGUACUCAUAUCCACGAUGUUCCAUGCUACAACAUAAGAAUCUCAAAAAUGCACCAGAAUUAAAAUUACUGGAAACUCCUGCAGUUGUUAAGAGAGCUAAAGCUUUGACCUCUACAUCUUCCUCUGGCUUUCCCGGUUUUACUCCGCAAUCUAUUUUGAGAUCUAGUCUACGCACUACACCAUUAGCUACUCCAACUGCAUCUCCAGGAAGAUCAAUUACUCCACCUCUACGUGCAAAAGAAACAAAAAUAUCAUUUGUGGAAGAAAGCAAAGCUUCAGAAUGGACUCCUGGGGCGACUUAUCGUAAAACAAGGCUUAACACAGUUUUGCAAGCUGAAUGCAAUCUUGAGUCUCAAAUGGAGGAUGUAUGGGCUAAAACUGGAGAACUACCCUCCUUUCCAUCAUAUAGCGUUCAGGAAGACUAUGAAGAAGCUGACCUGUCCACAGAGAGCACACCAGGAGAUAACUUGGACAGAUCUGAAUCUUUCAUAGAAACUGGAUACAUUUCUAUGAAGGUAGACCAGACUACUUUGGAAUAUCAUGAGAAAACUUCACCAGGUGACACUGGAGAUAUCGUAGCGUAUCAUUGUACUUAUUCUUCAUCUGAGGACAUCUUAGACAUACCAAAGACAGCUGAAAGAGAAGGCAGUGAGAAAGCUGAACAUGAAUGUUUGCAAGUGAAACUUCCCAAAUCUUCAGAUGUACAACAAUUGACUGGGUUUCCUGAAAAGGAAGAAGAUGGAUGCAGUCCCCUCCCUGAAGAUGGAGUAUCAAUGACGGAUCACUUAGAUGCUGUCCAGGAUGCUGUAGUCUCUUCUCAUGUGCCAUCUAAUAACAGUGGAAUACUUACUGUGGAAACCAGCAAGAUAUCAUUGUUGGAAGACAUCAGACUCUUUUCCGAAAGAAGUAGUGAAGGUUUGGCGUCAGCAAGAGUAUAUGCUGAAUCUGUCAUCAGUAUUCCUCACAGUGAAAAUAUUGCCAGUAUUUAUUCCAAAACUGAGUUUGAAGAAAGAGAAGCAGCAGUAUUUGAGAAAGGGGGAGAAGAAGCCAUAAAAGAAAAUUUAGUAGAAAAAAUACCACCUGUCAGUGUACCUGAAAGCCAAGAAGCAAAUCCAAGUAGAGAUGGAACACCUGAAGUACACAUUUCAGAAACUGUUGUGGAGACAAACAGUGAGCUUUGUCCCACAAACACUGUUGAAUAUCAGUGCAGCAGUGAUAUUGUGGAGCAACAGGUUGCAUCUGAAUUGCCUGAUAAAGAUGCUGGUGAAUGUGGCUUUUCUGAAGAACUACUCCUACCUCAGGAUGACUUUACAUUAAUACUAGAAGGGGAUGAAGAAGCUGAAGUAGAAGAGACUAGUACAUUGCAUUCUUUUCCACUGAAAUCAGCUAGCCCCAAAUCAGAUCAACAGGGUGUCAAUACUACUGAAAGUAACAACCAAGAACCCAUUACAGAUUCAAUAGCCACAGUAACUAGUGAUAAGAUCUCCCAGAAUACUGCCAAGGUAUUGCCUUAUGUACCCAAACCCAUUAAAAUGGUCAUUGCUGAGAACUUGUUAGACUUAAUCAAAGACACAAGAAAUAAAGAAUUUUCAUCUGAAGUAGUAGAGCAAUCGGUUCACAAAAGCCUAAGCAAGAAGUUACUAAUUUCCCCCCAGGAUCCACUUCAGAAUAUUCUUGAAACAAAUAAAGAGAUGAAAAUAAAUCAGGUCGAAAACACAGUAGCAUCUAGUACAGGCACAAUAGGGCAGGCAGCUAUCAGUCUAAAUGAUUUGUUACCUGAUGAUCGACCAUUGACAGAGAUGAGUAAACCAGAUGUGCUGAUACUGCCUACACCAAGAAGAAGUGCUAGACGAGGAAAAGAUACUUCUGACAUUCCUGAAAACCGCUCCCACAGUUCUAAAAGAAAACCCCAAGAACAGCAACCAUCCCAUGCUGUUGCUUGUCCAGUUGGAGGGACUGAGAAAACUGAAGAGUGCAACCUAGAAGUAUCAACAAAUGAUCAUCCGAUUGCACCAGAAUUUCAGGCAGCCAUUACCACAAGGAGUGGGGUUAAAAAAUCAAAAGAGCUUAUAUCAGCAUUGUAUAAUCCAAGUGAGCAACCAACUUCUGGUCUCAAGAGGACUUCUAAAAAUACCAGAAGCUUAGUAGGAGAUCAAGAAGGUAAUCAAUUCAUUAUUGACCAAACGAUACAAAUGACAGUCAAUCCUAGAAGUGCAAGAAAGCUAAAAACCAUGGCUUUCAAGCUUGCAGAAAAUGUAAUUUCAGAUCAGGAGGGAGAAUCACAAGAAAAGCAGCAGAAUGUUAAACCAAGAAGAGGACGACAAAAGAAACAUAAUAUACUGGAAGUAUCAACGAAUACACAAACACAGUCUGAGAAGUUACAGUUACAUACCCCAGUUAGAAGGGGCAGAAGUAAAACUUCCAGUCUUCUGAAAGCAGUUUGUGAAGAGGACACCCAGCCAAGUGAGCCACAGCUGCCAACUAGGCAGGAGAGGGGACAAAGUGCCAGUAGAGCUGAAAAUGUUUCUAAUCAAUUAAUGGAGGUCACUGAACAGCAGACUGUGCGGCGUAAAAGAGGUAGACCAAGAAAGAACCCUCUGAAUGUUUCUGCAGUUUCAGAGCUGGAUUUAUCUUUACUGUCACCACCACCACUACCCCCUUCUCCUCAGCUGAAUGUUAAAACUUUUGUUACUAGCAGAAGAAAUACUAGAAGUGCAACACUGAAUAAGUCCACCACUUCUUCUCUACAACAGACUGCAUUCAGUACCCCAAAAAAGAGUGCUAGAAAAGUUACAUCUGCAAGCGUAGAGAAAACAGAGGUAGAAUCAUCUCUCUUAAAAGAACAUUCCAGAGCAAGGAGCUCUGGAAAGAGGCAGUCAAAGAUGACAGCAAUCAAAACGAAGUGCAACCUUUCAUCACUCCCUAGAGAAAGUACAGAAGGGAAACCCUUGCCAAAAUCUACUGAUGAUGCUGAGGAACUGCACUCAACAGAUUUGACCAAACUGAGGCUUGGUGGAAGGCAGAAAACUGUGGUACAUCAUUGCUCUCAUGUUAAAAGGACCAGAUACAGCAAGAAGAACCUUUCACUGGAUGGAGAUGAGGCAUUCCUUUUUUCUCCUCCUCUUACAAAGCUCACUGAGAAACCUAAAGGUGCAAAAGCAGUGACACCGGUACAGCUCAAAGAUUUAGAUGCUGAAUUGGCUUCUCGGUUUGUCUUCUCACCCCCUUUUCUGAGGUCCAGGAAAAAACAGGUGUCCAGUAUUUCAAGGAUUGUGGAAGAACUGAAAUUGCCAGUUAAAGAAGAAGAAGAUGCCAUCUCAAUAGAUACUUUGGAAAAGCCGAAAGUAAAAAGGGGACGACCUAAAAGGUCAGAAGCAACCAAAACUGCUAAACUCAUAGGUAAAGAUGGUAGUUGGUCGCCACCACCAAUGGAAAUUAAGUUUAUUUCUCCUUUUGGCACACCAGUGGAUGAAGCAAAGAGUAAACAUAAAGAAUCUGUGGUUAAAACAGAAAAAGCUAUUAAAAAGACUGUUUCUAGAAAGGAGAAGAGACUGUCUAGCUAUCCAAAGCCUGUUGUCCGGAAGAAGAUGCUAUAACUAUUUUUAAAACUUUGUAAUGUACACCAGUGUUUGUAAAGUCAUCACAGUUGUGAGAAUAUUAAGAAAAAUCAUUAAUUUGGAAGAUAAUUUAUAUAAAUUAUUGUAAAAUGUCAGAAAACUAAAAGUCUUCAAUAAGUAACUCCAUGUGGAGUAUGAUUUCUUUAGUCAAGGGAGUUUUUCUAUUUUAUAAGACUUCAUACAUUUAUAUAAUAUGUAAAUACAUCUUAUUUUAGGAACGUUAAAUAAAAUGUAUACUUCACGAUAUGAUUGUCCACUAGAUUUUUGAAAGAGAAUAAUGGUGGCGUGAGAUGCAAAUAACUCAAAGGAGAUUUUAAUGAUGGCUUGCCACUGUUGCUGUUUCUCAAAUGGUAGGCUAAUCUUUUUUUUAACAGUUUAAUCUUGCAAAUGUUUUAAAAAAUUAAAAUUUGGCAGUUUUAACAUUUAUAGAAAAUGUUUUGACCUUUUUGGGAUUGGUAAUAGAGAUUAUCCAUUGGAAACAACUUCAUUUCCAGGGUGAAUAUGUACUUUAUCGAAGUCAGAAUGUAAACAAUUGUGUUGAAGCUGUGCAAUAUUUUUUUGUAUUCUGUCUUAACUUGGUAAAGCUGCUUUUCAGUUUAUAAAACAAAAUAUCACCUCAAA